AUGGCUGACAUGGCAAAGGCAGAAGCACAGCUCGGCUUGCAAACUCGGAUCUUGAGCGAAAGGUGCAUGGAGCUGCAAGCCAAGAUGGACAGGUCGAAGGUAAGCCAGUAUGAUCUUUUCGGUCAGCUGGAGCAGCUGCGAGCACAGAAUGCAGAGCAACACCAGCAGCUGACGGAUGCACUUUGCGAGAGCAAGCAGCGCCAUGAGGAGAACAGGAUGCUUGAGGCCAGCAGCAAAGAUUUGGAAGUUCAGCUGGCUGAGUGCAUGCUCAGCUCUUUGCCUCCUCCCGCCCCGGAGGCACGCCCCGAAGUGCCCGAAGCCUUGGCCCGCCUCGAGCGGCGCUACGUGGUGGCCGAGGCUGCGAGGGAUGGCCUGGCACGGCGCCUGAAGGUGUUAGAAGCAGAGAAGGAGAUGCUAAAGAGUCAGCAAGCGAAGGAGGCUGCAGCCUUGAAGCAGUCGAUUGCCAAAGAGCAGGAACGUUUAGAAUCGGAAUGUGAGAGCUACAAAUCGCAAGGCGAGGAUCUGCGUUCGCGACUUGCGCAUUUGGAUGCCUCUGCCCGUUCCGGAGAAAGUAAGCAUCGCGAAGAACUUGCCCAAGUCCAAGACAGGGGGGUCCUUCAGCUUUCAGAGGAGAAGCGGAGCCACGAAAAAUUGGUUGCCGAGCUACGUGCGAAGGUCGAAGCAACAGAGGCUAUGCUGGAGAAGGCAAUGUCAGCCAAAGCAGCGACGAAAAUUGAGGAGGAGUCCCUGGAAGUGAAGGAUCUG